AUGGGCGGGGUUGGCAAGACAACCCUUGCUCGACUGCUUUACAAUGACGAUAAGGUGAAAGAGAAUUUUACACUUAAAGCUUGGGCUUGUGUUUCAGAAGACUAUGAUGCUAUCAGGGUAACUAAAACUCUUUUUGACUCAGUUACUUCAAAACCUUGUAAUACGACAGAUCUGAAUUUGCUUCAAGUUAAACUAACAGAGCAACUGAGGGGAAAGAAAUUUUUAUUUGUGUUGGAUGACGUUUGGAAUGAGAAAUAUACUGAUUGGAACUGCCUCCAAACUCCUUUUACUUCAGGGGCAAGGGGAAGUAAAGUCCUCGUAACAACACGGAACAAAAAUGUAGCAUCUUUCAUGCAAAACGUUCCUAUUCAAACCUUGGAACCAUUGUCGCAUGAAGAUUGCUGGUUAUUACUUGCGAAACAUGCGUUUGGAAAUGUAAACUGUAGUGAACAUCCAAGCUUGGAAGAAAUCGGCAUGAAAAUUGCACGCAAGUGCAAUGGGUUGCCUUUAGCUGCACAAACACUUGGCGGUGCGUUACGUUCCAAGCUAGACUUUGAGGUAUGGAACAAAGUAUUAAACAGCAGCAUUUGGGAGUUACCUUGCCAGAAAAGUGACAUUCUUCCCGCUCUAGAAUUGAGUUAUCAUUAUCUUCCAGCUAAAUUAAAACGAUGCUUUGUUUAUUGUUCAAUUUUGCCGAAGGACUAUGAAUUUAAGGUAGAAGAUGUUGUUUUUCUUUGGAUGGGAGAAGGUUUGAUUCCCCAAGCUGAGAAUGGGGAAAUAAUGGAAGAGAUGGCUAAGGAAUAUUUUGAUGAGCUGUUAUCCCGAUCAUUGUUUCAAAUGUCGGGGAAGUCAAGUUUCACUAUGCAUGAUCUCAUAAAUGACUUGGCCGUGUUCAUGUCUAAAGGAUUUUGUUCCAGGUGGGAAGGGAGGGAAUCACAUGAAGUGGAAAAAGUUCGCCAUUUGUCAUAUGCGAGGGGAAAAUUUGAUGAUGCUCUUAAAUUUGAGCCAUUAAAGGGGGCUAAGUUUGCAUGA